GUCAGGAGGAGUUUAAGCUAAUUUAGCUUCAGUUUCGCCAUAAAACAAACUGAAACUAGGCAGUGAGACUUAUUAAAUUACAAAUUAUAACCUGUGACAUUUGUAUGUAACAGUAGACCAGACAAAAAAAACAAACAAACACAGACUUUUGGAUUGUUUUCUUGGACUAAUAGUGUAAUGGGAUUCAGUAAUGCAGGAUGUGAGAAGUUGAUGAUGAGGAUUUCAUCAGAAAUUAAAGUGGUAGGCUGCUGGAUAUUGCUAUCUUCAACACGAGUGAAGGCUGACGAUUGAAGCCUGUGUAUCUGCCUUUCCAGAAGAAGACACGAUGACUGCUGAGGAGUCGGGCAGCGAGGACAUGUGGUCGUCCAUCCGCUGCCUGGGUUACCUGUCCAGCGUUAACCUGCUGGUGGCUGUGUGUCUGGGCAUGUAUGUACGAUGGGAACACACCUCCGAACCUACAAUCCUCGUCAUCUUUAUUCUAGGUCUUUUUGUCUUGGGCCUCUCCAGCAUCCUGUAUUAUUACUUCUCCAUGGAAUGGGCCAGUCUGAGCCUAUUCCACCUCUGGUUCGGCUUUCUGCAGGGUCUCCUGUGCUUCCUAAACAGCUCUACUCUGGAGAAUGAUGUGAAGGAGCAAGUGACGAACUACCUGCUACUGGCCAGUGUGGCCAUGCGCUCUCUGUGGGCACUGACGGACCGCCUGUGUGGCACCACCAGCUACCGGAGAGUCGUACUCACAUCAGCUGAGGCUCUCGAGCUCCUAGGUUUUGCCAUAGCCAGCACCACUAUGGUCCUCCACAAGUCAGCAGCAAUCAUCGCCCUUCUGGUUGCUCUAGGUGCCAUUAUUGUAGACCUACGCAUGAAGUCUCUCUUGGCUCUUCCUAAUCUCAUCUGCUUUUCUGUAAUCACCUCCAUCACCUUCUUCCAGGCUCUAAAGGUCCAGGCUAACCCAUUUGCACUGGGCUGUUACAUAGGACGGCUUAUUUGUGAACCCCUGCUAGAUGUGUACUUCAGCAGCCUUUCCGUGACCGAACGCUGGAUGCCCUUUUUGUCAGCAGGCAGACUGUGGCGAAGGCUCUCUCUCUUCCCGUUGAGCAUCGCGGAGCUGAUGUUCUUUGUGCUUUGUGCCCUGAAACUGGGACACCUUGAGUUCUGGUACCUCGUUAUCCCCGGAUUUUGUGUGUUCGGCCUCUUCUGGGUGCUUUGCCACAUGGUGUUGCUGGUCACGCUUUGGGGCUUCCACACCAAGCUGAGUGAAUCCCAGAAGGUUCGGGCUGCUCAGCGCUCCGACACACGCAGUCUAGACAGGAUCAUGGCCUCCAGGGGGGUGCGCCAUUUCUGUCUCAUCUCUGAACGUCUGCUGUUUUUCUGCCUGCUCUCAACUGUCAUCCUGGGGGCUGUGUCAUGGCAGCUCACUAACGCACUCUUCAUGAGCAUGUUCCUGGUGGUGCUCUCACUGGAGUCUCCAGUGCACGGGCUCUUCCAUGAGUUGGGAAACUGUCUGGGAGGGACCUGCGUGGGUUAUGCAGUGGUUAUUCCAACCAGUUACUGCAGUGUGGAUGGUCAGCCGGUUUUGCUUCCUCCAGAGCAGGUGCAGGAGAUGAACCUACGCUCCACUUCAACACUCAAUGCUGUCCAGCGUCUUUUCUCGCACCACCUAAUCCAGACAUUUGGCUGUGACUACUCCACCAGCAGACUGAGCCUGGACCAAAUCCAGACCAAACUGCGCUCUUUCCUGGAGCUGCGCACUGCCGAUGGUCCCCGGCACGACAACUACCUCAUCUACUACAGCGGACACACCUUGGCCACAGGAGAUUGGGCUCUUACAGGUGGGGAGUCUCUGCGUCUGGGGCAGAUACUUGAUUGGUGGAAGGAGCGCAACGUUGGUUUCUCCUCCCGCCUCAUCCUGGUGCUGGAUACAGAGAACUCUGGGCCAUGGGUGAAGGCUGUGCGGAAGGUGGAGGGGCUUUAUGUGGCUGUGCAGGGAGCUGAAAUGAAUUCAGUGAGGGAUGCCGAGAGCCAGGACUCCCCUCGCCUGGGAGAUUUCACCUCGGAGUGGGUGGAAUACAACUGUGAACCAGAAAGUGUUGUGCAGUGGGCGGAGCGAGGCCGUCUUCUCACAGCCAUAUACGGCGUAUCCAAAUGUUGGAGUGACUACAGGCUCCACCUACCGACUGGCAGUGAUGUGGAAAAGCACUGGAAGACCCACUUCCCCCGUGUCACUUACCCGCUGGUGGCUGUUGCUAACUGGUGCUGUGGGUUGAAUCUGUUGUGGCUGUGUGGUGCCUGCCUGCGCUGCUUCAGGAGGCUCAAACUGGGCUGGUUUCCUCCUGCUGUCCUCGACACAGGGCAGGGGAUCAAACUUGUUCGAUCAUAGAUCUGAACUAUGAUCUCUGCAACAUUUUGACAUGUGCCUUUUCUUCUUUUUGUUUAAAUACUCUUUUAUGUAGAUUUAAUUUUGGUUUCUGCGCCAGCUGUGGAGGUCAUUGUACACUAAUUCUGGUGUCUGCAUGCCCUUUACCCUUGCAAUAAUUUUUUUUUUUUUCCCCCCUGGACACACUAAUGAUAAAAUUCUGAUCCAGUGCUGGUAACUGAUCCACCAGCAACAUUGCUCAUAUCUAUGACCAAGAAAAUGAAUGUUAAUGAAACAGGCUUAGCAACUGAAAUGAUGUUAAGGAAAAAGAUCUCCGUUUUGCUCAGUUGACCUAAUAAGCUUUUAUGCACAUAGCGAUAAAUGUAUUCACUAAUUUGGAACAAAGCAAUUCAUUAUGUUCAUACUAAAUGUCAGUGAAGUUACAAUAUUGACUCUGUACUGUGUGGUUAUUUUAUACCAUUAUCAUAAUUUCUCCGAGUGCCAAACUUUAUUCUCCCAAGCUAGCUUUUUAAGUGCCUUUGAAUUUAUGCUUCCAUGUGAACACGUAAAAAGGUGGUUAUUUAAAGUUUUAAGUGCCUCUUUGACUGAGUAGUUGUGGACUCUAUGCUGUAGGAAACCUAUUUUUUAUUCAUGAAGCCUAUUUUGCGCCUCUGAUGACACAUUUAGCAACAUAGGAAUUGAGAUGUGAUUGGUUUGUGUCAUAGUGUGUAGCUCAGGCUGCCCAUCAGCUCUUAUUACGUUUGGUGGUGGGUGCAGGCUCUAACUCCGAGCCAGUGGGUUUUUAAUUAUACAGAAAUACACGUGCUUUGUACAGGUUUUGGUAUGUAUUCUCCUGUGAUAUGAAAUAAAUGUUUUAUGUAAAUAA